AUGCAAUCUCAAAUAAGGCAUCAAGUACACAUUUUUCAUGACGCUUGGAAAAUGAUGACAUCUCGUAAUCGUUCAAAACUUCUAAAAGGGAAUUCUUCUACUUCACCAACAACUCGAAACAGAAACUCAUCAAAAAAUGCUGUACAAAUAGAUGAACAAGAUUCACGACCUCGACUAUUUUCAUUGAAUUCUCCUAUUAGAUGUGGUACAAGUGGUUAUUCUUACAAAAGUUGGCAUAUGGGUCCAACAUAUCAAAAUUAUUAUCCAGAUAAAAAUGAAUUUGAAUAUUAUUGUGGUGAAUUUGAUACUGUUGAAAUAAAUUCAACAUUUUAUCAUAUUCCACCAGAUUCUGCUUUCAACACUUGGGCUAGCAGAGUUCCUCGACCGUCGUUUCUUUAUACAAUUAAAGCGAAUAAAUUUUUCACUCAUAUGAAAAAAUUAAAUAUUGAUGAAGUAUGGAUUGAUCGAUGGGAACAAUUCUGGAAUAAAUGUUUAUUACUUCAAUCACAUCUUGGACCUCUUCUUUUGCAAUUUCCACCUGGAUUUAAAAAGACAUUAACAACAACAUCUCGUUUUCAUGAUUUAGCAAAAGUUUUACCUCAACAUGGAAAAUUUGCUUUUGAAUUUCGAGAUAGUUCAUGGUUUUGUGAUGAAAUAUAUGAAGUUAUGAAAAAAUACAAUUGGUGUUUAUGUGUUAUUGAUUGUGAAAAUUCAAAAAAAUGGUGUGGUGAUUUACCGAAUGGAACGCUUCCAAUAAAUAUUGAUGAUCAUAAAACUUGUGAUUGGGGUGUCUAUUAUCGUAAGUUUUAUAAUGUUAAUAAAAAUCAACGAAAUGAUUUGAAUAAUCGAAUAGGUUUUCACGGUCCAACAGGUCAAUAUGCAGGUGUUUACGGAGAAAAACGAAUGCGUCAAAUAGCUGAAAGCACAACAAAAUAUUUUCUCAAUAAUAAUAAUCAGAAUUCUAUUCAACUUUUCUUCUAUUUCAAUAAUACAGACAGUGAUUCACCACCAGCUGCUAUACAAGAUUGUCGAUAUCUUGUACAAGCAUUUAAAGAUCUUAAAAUAAUGAUUGACUAA